AUGAUGAGUACUUAUGUCACAUUCAAACAUUUUGCAUGGGCUGGAAAUCUUGUCCGUUCGGUGUUUAUGUCAAGAAAUGUUGGCAGAUACCAAAGUAGCAAAACUGAAAACUCUCAAGAUGGCAACCCAUUACUAAAAUACCUUACAAUGAAAAUAAAGGCAACAGGUCCUAUUACUGUUGCAGAAUAUAUGAGGGAAGUUUUAAACACAAAUCCUUUGAAGGGUUAUUAUAUGCACCAUGACAUGCUGGGAGAACAUGGAGAUUUUGUUACAUCCCCUGAAAUAAGUCAAAUAUUUGGAGAGCUAAUUGGGAUAUGGUGUGUUAGUGAAUGGAUAUCAGGAGGAAAAUCAAAAUCUCUUAAUUUAGUGGAACUUGGUCCUGGAAGAGGCUCACUAAUGAGUGACAUUUUAAGAGUUUUUAAUCAGUUCCGAUAUCUACUAAACACAUGUGAUAUCUCAAUACACCUAGUAGAAGUGAGUCCUAAAUUAAGUGAAAUCCAAGCACUCAACUUAACAGAAAACAGCACUGAGGCAAAAUAUGAAGACAAAUCACCAUGUUAUAAAAUGGGAAUAACAAAGACAGGUCUUCCAAUUAACUGGUACUAUAACAUACAAGACGUACCCUCAGGUUACACAUUUUACAUAGCACAUGAAUUUUUUGAUGCUUUGCCUAUACACAAAGUACAGAAAAUCCAAGAUGAAUGGAGAGAAAUAUUGAUUGAUGUUGAUCAAGAGAUUCCACAAAAAAUUAAGAUUUGUUCUUGGUUCUAGCCGUUCUCUUAUUGCAAAAACCUUUGUUCAGGCUGAUGAAACAAGGAAUCACAUGGAAGUUUGUCCUGAAGCUGCUAUAAUUAUUCAGAAUCUUGCAAGCCAAUUAAAAAAAUAUGGAGGAGCUGCUCUCAUAGCUGAUUAUGGACAUUCAGGAGACAAGGCGGACACAUUCAGAGGAUUUAGGUCUCACCAGUUACACAAUGUGCUGUUAGAUCCAGGAACAGCAGAUCUUACAGCUGAUGUUGACUUUAGCUUCUUGAAAAUGAUGACUGCAAAUACUGUGAGCACUUUUGGACCUAUUACACAAAAUGAGUUCUUGAGAAAUAUGGGAAUUGAUUUGCGAAUGAAGGUUCUUAUGGAAAAUGCUAAAGAUGCUGUAACGCAGAAACAUUUGAUACAGAGCUAUGAUGUUCUUAUGAAUCCGGAUAAAAUGGGAGAACGAUUCAAAUUUUUUUCUCUUUUUUUCCCCAUGAUAGAGUGGAAAAAACUUCUGAAGAUAAAUACCCUAUAGCUGGAUUUACUGAAUUAAAAAUGAGCUGA